GUCACUUCCUCCAUUAGGCCUCUUUACCGCCAGGCCUCCACACGGCGUUACACGGAGUUACCCAUCGUUGCUUUUAAAGGGAAACAUACACAAUGUCCGGAGGUCUAGAUGUACUACAGAUGAAGGAGGAGGAUGUCCUCAAGUUCCUUGCUGCUUCCACUCACCUGGGUAGUACCAACCUGGACUUCCAGAUGGAGCAGUACGUCUACAAGAGGAAGAGUGAUGGUAUCUACAUCAUUAAUCUGAAGAAAACGUGGGAGAAGCUGCUUCUGGCUGCCCGUGCCAUCGUCUCCAUCGAGAAUCCAGCUGAUGUUUGUGUCAUCUCUUCCAGACCAUUCGGCCAGCGUGCUGUCCUGAAGUUUGCUGCUGCCACUGGUGCGACUCCCAUUGCUGGAAGAUUCACCCCAGGUACAUUCACCAAUCAGAUCCAGGCUGCCUUCAGGGAGCCCCGCUUGCUGGUCGUAACAGAUCCCCGCCAGGACCACCAGCCCUUGACUGAAGCAUCGUACGUCAACAUCCCCACCAUUGCCAUGUGCAACACUGACUCGCCCCUCCGGUAUGUGGACAUCGCUAUUCCAUGCAACAACAAGGGCGCACACUCCAUUGGUCUGAUGUGGUGGAUGCUUGCCCGUGAGGUGCUGCGCAUGCGAGGUACCAUCAGCCGUGAACAUCCAUGGGAAGUGAUGCCUGAUUUGUAUUUCUACAGGGAUCCUGAUGAGAUUGAGAAGGAGGAGCAGGCUGCUGCCGAGAAGGCUGCUGGUAAGGAGGAGUACCAAGGGGAAUGGACUGCUCCAGUUGCAGAGUUCGUUCAGCCGGAAGUUACCGACUGGUCUGAGGGCGUGCAGGUACCUUCUGUGCCAAUCCAGCAGUUCUCUGCUGCAACUGGUAAAAAUCUGGCUGAGACGCUGGAGGCAGCUAAUCCGUACGUCAAGCCCGCAGCAUUCACCGCCGAUACAGCUACAAAGGAUUGGAGUGCCCAGCCUGCUGCUGAAGACUGGUCUGCUGCACCGACUACACAGGCUCCCGAAUGGGGUGGUGCCACAGCUGAUUGGUCUUAAGACUUAAAGCUAACUAGACACAAACCUGUACUUCCUACAUUUGGGAAAGAAUGAAAUAAAAGAUGCCAGUUUUUAAA